AUGUCGUCUCUCGUCGAAAUCGCCUCGAAGCCCGAGAACCUCGAGCUUCUGGCUGAAGGAAAGACGAAGCAAAUUUACAAUAUCAAGGGCGUAAAUGUAAGUUUUCUUCUGUUCAAAUCCCCGAAAUGGACCGAAUGCUCCAGUUGUUCAGGACUACGUGCUGAUCCGCUCAAAAGACUGUCUGACUGCUUUCAAUGCUGUACGAAAGAACGAACUGGAGGGAAAGUCGAAGAUUGCGAGUCAGACGACCGUCAACGUGUUCGAGUACCUCCAACUGCUCGGUCUCCCAUCGCACUUCGAGAAAAGUGUCUCCGAGACGGAGUUCGUCGCCCGCAAAUGCACCAUGAUUCCGAUCGAAUGGGUGGCCAGACGAGUUGCCACUGGCUCUUUCCUCAAAGGAAUCCGGGAGUGAAAGAGGGAUUCCGAUUCAAUGACCUGAAGCUGGAGACGUUCUUUAAAGACGACGCGAACGAUGAUCCGCAGUGGACAGACGAGCAGAUUGUUUCGAACGCGCUGGUGGUGGAUCAGUUGAAGAUCGGAAGGGAAGAGAUUUCCCUCAUGAAAAAACUGACAAAAUUGGUGUUCCGAGUGCUCGAAAAGGCAUGGGCUCUGUCGGACAGCGCGCUUAUUGACAUGAAGGUUAGGAGUUUUAGUUAAAACCACUGACAAACGCUUUGUUUGCCAAUUAUCAGAUCGAGUUCGGAGUGACAGUUGACGGACAGAUUCUGCUGGCCGACGUCAUCGACAAUGAUUCGUGGAGAGUGUGGCCGGAGAACGACAGACGCCUUCAGCUGGAUAAGCAAGUUUACAGGGAUUUGAAGGAAGUCACUGCCGAAGGAUUGGCGUUGGUUCUCAAAAAUUACACAAAGGUUGGGCACUCUCAAGGAUCUCCAUCAGAACUUAAUCUUUUCAGGUCAUGGAAAUCACUUCCAGUUUUUCGAAACCCCGCCAGCCGGGCCAUGUGCUCAUUAUCAUGGGCUCUGGAUCGGAUGGCGUCUUCGCCAGAAAUAUUUCCGAUGAAGCGAACAAGUUGGGUCUCGAAACGACUCUCAAAGUGAGCUCCGCCCAUAAAACGACCUCCGACACCCUGGAAGUGUUGGCCGACUUCGAAGACAGCGGAGUGCCGACCGUCGUGAUCGCAGUGGCCGGACGCUCGAACGGACUCGGACCGGUUAUCGCUGGAAACUCGUCGCUUCCGGUAAACAAAAAUAAUUCAGAAGAAGAUGAGUAUGAACUGAUAAGAUGCAGGUGAUCAACUGUCCCCCACCGAGCGAGUCUCUGAGCCUCGACGUCUGGUCCUCCCUCCGAAUGCCCAAUGGAAUCGGCUGCGCGACAGUCCUCGACCCGUCCGAAGCUGCGCUCGCUGCCGCUAAGAUCCUGGCCUCUCACAAUCAUAUUGUGUACGGAAAGGUUCUGACGACGCAGUUCAAGAAUCAACUGAACAUUUAUGUGAGAUUUGAGUUCCAAUUCGCAGAAUUUAUAGAAUCUUUCAGAACGCGAACCGGAAACUUCAGUAG